AUGCUGCAAAUUCCAAGUGGACUGACAGCUGAAGAGAAACAGCUUAGAAAGACCUACGAAUUUGUCAAGAACAUUGUAAGACCUCUCAGGAACGGGUUGUAAUCGAUUGUAUUGGGUCUAUUUUGUCUACAGUUUACCAUUUUUUAGCGGAAAACCAUUGAGAACGCUCAGAAAGCACAACAUUUGGGAACAACGGCCGCCAAAAAAAGUACGAAUGGAAAUGAAGGCAAGUAUAAUGUAAGAUUAUGGGCACAAUGAGAUGAUCCAAAUGAAUCGAGUUGUUUUAGAUCUUGAUCACAAUAUGGCCGAAGUCAAAAAGAAGUUGGCAAAGGGAGUAAUCAAAGUGGCCAAGGACGAGAAACACACCUUUAAAAGGAUUCAUGGACAGAAGAGAGAGUUCGUCAAUUACGUGGACCAGCCAAUUAAUAUUGAUGUGGAACCUGCGCCAUCUUCUUCGGAUCCAAUCAGCGCAAAGUCAACCACACCUGAGACGCAAAACACAAAUCUUUAUAUCCGAGGAUUUGAAUUGGAUUAUGAUCUGAUCCGAGAGACAUUUUCUCAGUUCGGAUACGUGGUCAGAUGUUACAUCGAAGAACAUAAACGGUAGGUGUGUUAUUUGAAAAGCCGAUAAAGGAUGAUUUUUAUGUAAUAAGUCAUAUUUCAGAGCUGGAUUUAUAAACUUUUCGACUCCAGAAGAAGCCGAGAAGGCGCUACAAAUGAAUGGACAGAGAGUUGGACAAUCCAACCUGAGGGUCGAAUAUGCCAGGAAAAGGGAUAAUACUCGAAGAUAUUCACAGAGCCACAGAUAUAACGCAGAGGAGACAGAGACUAAAAGAGGUAAGAUCUUCAAGAGCGGGAGCCAAUGGCCAAAAGCGCUUCCUUCUGCAAUGCAUUGCGUCAUGGAAAAAAUUUUGGCUGGCCGAUCCAGUCAGUCUUUUCGCUAGCCAAUAGAAGGUUUGGCUGUAAUUUGAACUCAUUGGCUUGCUGGUUACAGAAUUUUGUAAGAUUGGCUGUACAUAGUGGGCCAAUACCCGAUCUGCCUCAAAUGAAGGAUGGCCCCAAAAAACCUUCCACCGAGGAAAGUGAAAAUCUGGGAAAGCAGAAUGUCAACGAACCAUUAUUUUGAUAUUUUCAUAUUCAAUUUAACCGCAAUUUCGGGCAGACAUUGAUUGGCUCCUCCUCCCUUCUUUCCAAAAGGCCAACUUUCUCGCUCUCUCUCUUGACAAGGAAAGUACUUUUAUGGGGGCUCCUACUUUUUGACGGGACAUACCUCAAAAAAUCAGAAAAAAUGUGCUGAUCAAGGAUAUAUAAAUCUUAGCUGCCCAUUUUAGGUUUUUAGGGGUGAAAAUGCCCAAAAACUGGCUUAAUUUCCCUAAAAAAGGCGCAGGCAUUCGAAAUGAUAAAAAGCGCAGUCGGUCUCUUUCUUCGGAAGAGAGCGGUGUGGCCGAGUGAUUAGUGCCGUAGUCUGGGAAUCAAGAGGGAGCACGCCGCACGGGUUCGAUUUCCCUUUUGGGCUGAAUCAACUUUUUUGGAAGUUGAAGGUCGGAAAAAUAAAUUUUUGGGCCAAGACUGUCUUAUUACGUCUUAGAAACUCAAUAAACACCAUUUUAAGCCAAAAUAAAAAUUUUAAACCUGUGAAAAAUUAAGCAAAAAGGGGUUCAUAUAGGACUCUAAGUCAACUUCCGAUUGAGUUUUCACCCCUAAAAACCUAAAAUGGGCAGGUAAGAUCUAUAUAUCCUUGAUCAGCACAUUUUUUCUGAUUUUUUGAGAUAUGUCCCGUCAAAAAGUAGGAGCCCCCAUAAAAGUACUUUCCUUGUGAAAAGAAUGUUAUUUUUGGUCAAGGAUGGAUUUUUUGGGGGUAUUCGCUUGCGCUUUUGGCCGCUGGACCCUGUCCCACACUGUAUGUUGUAAUAUUGAAUUUAAUUACAGUACGAACUGAUUCCAACACAAGCGAUCGUCAAAGAGCCAUGGUUUCAUAUGAAGAUGGAGAGAUCUUUGAUUAG